UGCGUGUGUGUGUACAAUCAUUGACAAAUGUGCUCGUACAAAUGUCGAGCAUUUGUUUUCAAAAUUUCAAAUUCGCCUCGUCUGCAACAAUGCUUAAACUGCGCUUCUGUGGGAGCAUGAUGCGCUGCCUAUCGAGGUGCGCCCAGAAGAAGUACGAACCCAUCUCGAUCUCGAAGAGUCUGCGAGAGAAUUCACCCGAGGCAUAUGCCAUAAUGCGAGAGGCAGUCAUAAAGCUGGAGCGGCAAAGUGCACGGUUCACCAAUGUGCUGUUGUCGCCCAAGGAACAGGCAGCCAACGAGGUGAUUAUGCGCGAGAAGAAAGUGGAGUACAACAAAGGGUAUCUGGAACCGGGCAAUGGCAACACCGAUGAGCCGCCUUAUCUGGUGUUGAACAAGAUUAAGGAGACGCCCCUGUAUAGUCUGCUGCAAAAGAUGCCCAAGGGCGGGCUGUUGCAUGCCCAUGACACGGCCAUCUGUAGCUCUGCGUAUUUGGUUGAGCUCACCUAUCGCAAACAUUUGUGGAUCUGCACCAAGAACGAAGGUGCCGAUGCGAUUGCAUUUCGCUUUAGUAAGGAGAAACCCACCAUGAAAGCCACAGAGGAAUGCAGCUGGGAACCGAUGGAAGAGUUCCGAGAACGUCGCGGAGAAGCGAAUGUGAUAAAAUAUCUGCUGCGACGCUUCAGCAUGUAUCCAGUGUCCUCUUAUGCCACCAACAAUGCAGCCUGGCAGGAUUUCAUGAGCAUCUUUAUGCUCCUCGAUGGCCUAUUACUCUUUGCGCCUGUCUGGCGGGAUUAUUACUACAAUGCGCUGACGGAGCUGCAUGCGGAUGGAGUUCAGUAUUUGGAGCUGAGAUCUGUGAUGCCGAAUCUCUAUUGCAUCAAUGGCGAGCAGUUGGAUAUCAUGGACACCAUGGAGAUUUACAAGUCGGAAACGGAACGUUUCAAAGCAAAUAAUCCUGAUUUCAUUGAUGCCAAAUUAAUUUAUGCUCCGUUGCGCAUUGUGGAGCCAAAAGUGUGUGAAGACUACAUAAAGAACUGCAUAGCUUUUAAGAAAAAUUACUCCACAUUUUUGGCUGGCUUCGAUUUGGUGGGUCAAGAGGAGCUGGGUCGUCCCCUGAUAGAUUUUGUGGAGCAACUGCUCAAGCUGCCCGAGGACAUCAACUUUUACUUCCACGCCGGCGAGACGAACUGGUAUGGCACAUCGAUUGAUGAGAACCUGGUGGAUGCCGUACUGCUGGGCACAAAGCGCAUUGGCCAUGGCUAUGCGAUAAUCAAGCAUCCGCUGGUGAUGAACAUGCUGAAGCAACUGGACAUUGCUGUCGAGGUGUGUCCAGUGUCCAAUCAAGUGCUGCAGCUCGGACAGGAUUAUCACAAUCAUCCGGCUGCGAUGCUGAUAGCAAAUGGUGUGCCGAUAGUGAUAUCAUCCGAUGAUCCUUCGUUCUGGUGGGCAUCGCCCUUGACACAUGAUUUUUACUACGCUUUCUUGGGCAUAGCUCCGUUCCAUGCCGAUCUGCGCUUUCUCAAGCAAAUGGCGAUGAACUCGAUACGUUAUAAUGCGAUGGCCGAGGAGGAGAAGAAAAAGGCUUUUGAGAAGUGGCAAAAACAGUGGGACAAAUGGAUCGAUGAUGUGGCCAAAUAAAAUUACAGUUUAUGUUUUGGAA